CACUACAGGGGUAGGGACUUGGGGGAGGAGGAAAUACCAGACUCGUUCCUCUUCACCCUGAGAAUGACCAGUAGAUGAACUGCCUGGAUUUUGACUGCAUUCAGAAAUUUCUGACCACAGGACUCACAGAUCAUCUUUUGAAAUAAUUUCCUCAUUAGUAGAUUGGGUUGGAGGAAAUGAGCCAGUGCUGGAUAUUCUCUUGUCUGAGAUGUUGCAGAGCAGUUUAUGGGAGCAAGCACAAAACGGACUCCUGUGAGUUGUUUGAGGCCAUAGAGAGGGAUGGGACAGUGACUGUGAUGUGGGGAAUUUUUUUCCUAGAGUUGGUUGUCAAGAAUCCAGACCUUACCUGUGAUUCACUGUGUGACUUUGUGCAGGUCAUGCAGCCACUCUUGAUCUUAGUUUUCACAUCCAGGAAAUGGGUUUAGUGCACCGUGCCCUGAGUACCUUGAGUGCAUGAUUGUGGGGCCAGUCUUGUGGAUGCAGCAUUGAGGCCUGGGCAGCUGAGGAGAAAGCUUCAGUGGGCAUAGGCAUGGAUCAGGAGUUAUGUAGAUGGGGCUUCUCCUGUGGUAUGUGGGGCAUGACAGUUCUCAGGUGUGAGGUAUUCAGUCUGGGGAGAAGACACCAGAGCGGGAGCCUCAGUAGGUGGUGGUGAGUCUGAGGCAGCUGAGGCUGUGGACAGGAGGAGUGUAGAUAUCCACGCCUGCCCCUCCAUGAUAGCAGGAGCAGGGCUGGCAAAGGAUGAAAGGGAAGUUGUGGGUGUGAUGCAGACAAGAGCCUAUCAGAGACUGUGGGGUCUGGCUUUGUCCUGUGUGUCGGCAGGAUAACUGGUACUAGUGACAACUAAGAAAACCAGAAGAGUGCAAGCAAUAGAUAAAUGCCAAUAUUUGUACUGGGCAUGUGGGAACGCGACACUUUUAACAACAAUCUUUAUUUUCUUUUAGUAAUGGCUUCUUACUUAAGCAACAGAUAGUUGAAGUUCACAGAAAAUCAAAAAGGAAGUUUAUCUCACUAAAUGGUGUAAAGAAGAAGAUGUCUUGCCCACCCUGGCUAUAAUAGUGUGGUGCUGUAGUGUAAUAGUUCUGUGCUGGACCACAGGUUGAUAUUAGUGACCAAGGCUGACUGGGCUGAGCUGUUAACCAGGGGAAACUAGGAAAGGGAUUAUAAUGGGGGUAGGGGUAAGGAGUGUGCAAUCACCAAACUAGCAUGACCACAGGAAUGGGGCACCUUGCCUACAGUACAGGUAUAUCAUAAAGUGGAGUUGUUUAUAUGUUUUUCUGCAAUAGUUUAUUGAGGUCCUAUUGUAGGUUCUGGGGAUGAUAUGAAACAUCUGAAAGGCUUAUUCUAUCCCUGAGAACUGGCAUCCAGAACUAACUUGGUAGCCCCACCCUUGGGGUGGGGAAGAGCUCAAGAACUCGUAGGAGUGAAGCCUUUCCUGCUCGCUUGCUGCUCCUCCUAAAUGUUUCCUCUGUAGCUGCAUAGGCUGGCAGGCAGCCUGAGAUGGAGCCCUUCUCAGAAGACCCCCACCUCUGCUGGGCUGCCCGGCUCCUGGGACUCACCAGCCUCCUCCUCAGCAUCUGCAGCACAGUGGUCCAGAGUUCUGGAAAAUAUGAUUCUGAAGUUCAGAAUUCUGGAUUUGUUCCCAUGCAGGGGAUUCAAGGACAUUCUGUGUUGUUUCAUAUAGUCAAGAAGCAAGAAGCUGACCCAGAGGAGGUCUCAUGGGGCUUUGGCCCUGAGUCAAACUACAGAGUCCUGCUGCGAGUCCGCCAUGGGACAGACACCCCAACCUGGGUCAGCCUCCAGGACAAGUACCAGCACAGGGUCCAUGUGCCCAAUGUGACAUCCCUGAGGAUUGAGAACCUGACCCCAGAGGACAGUGGGCAGUACCGGGCUCGAGUCAGCUUCACUGGAGGAAGAGAACUUACUCAGGUUUUCCACCUCACUGUCUAUGAGCCCAUGCUUCUUCCUGAGAUCCUGGUCAAGUCAUUAUCCAUCACACCAGACUGGUGCAAUGUCACCCUGGAGUGCAGGGACCCAGGGAACACAGAGGACCUGGAGGUGACCUGGGAGAGCGAGGGUCUUCCCAGGGAGCUGGAGUGGAGUGGGACACCAGGACCAGCCCCCAGCUCCUGGAGCCUGCAUGUGAACUUGUUCCUGAGCCAGCUCAAUGCCAGCCUCACCUGUGUGGUCAACAACCAUGUGGACAAGAAAAUUGCCACUGUAGACUUUGGGAAAGUCUGUUUCCCUGGUUCACAAGAACAGACCAUUGCUGGUCUCCUGGAAGGCAUCCUAUGGGCCGUCGUGGUUGUGCUAUUCUUCCUGGGAACUGGACUGUACUUUUGGAAGACAUAUAAGAAGGAAAGGAACACAGAGAAUGGAAGAGGAGCAGCAUUGCAGGAGGACCACAGGAACCAAGGUGAUGGCGACUGGGUAGAGCAGAGCCAGGAAGAGUUUCAAGAAGGCAUGUACCAGAGUAUCAGUGCACAACGUCUGGAACAAGAGUUGCCUCUCCACACUGUCUAUUCUGUGAUCCGGAACACAGGCGAGGGUAUGAAGAUAAUAUAAUUGGAGGAAACAAAGGAAUCUUGGGACACCUCCACUCUGAUGCUGACAUCCUUCAGAUACCUGUUUCAAUUCUGGUUCAGCUCUGCUUGCUCUUGGUCUUUUACUUUGACCUUUGUGAUCUCAACUCAACAAGAGAUGGACCUGGAAUUUCAGAGCCGAUAAUGGACCAAGUUUUAUCUUGGGCACUCUACAAAUAUUAUUUAUUCUAGUUCUCACAAGGAACCUCUAGGAUAGGUAUCAUGUUCUGUAUUUUAUAGAACAGAAAAUAUUAUUCCCAAGCUGUUGGUGGCAGACAAAAACCUUAAAUUCAACACUGAGUGAACCCAGAUUUUACAUAUUACCCUUUCUCUACAUGGGCACUGAAUCCUGAAAUAUUAGAUGAGAAUAUCCUUCAUUUAUUCCUCUCCCAAAGACCUAGUCUCUGAUGCUGGUGCUGCAAUAUGGACUGAGUUCAUUGUUGAAUCAUCUGGUGGCUAAAGAGGUAUUACCCCUUAAGUGGACAAUGGGGACUUGGUAUGUGGGAGACGUGGGAAGAAGGAUCUUGACCUCAGUUUAGAGGAAACAUUCUGAGAGGAAUGCUUCUCACUCUUGGGUCUUGUAAGAGUUCUUCCUCUCUUUACAAGGUGUGUUGUGGAUUUCAGCAGCACAGUCUUCAAACCAGCUCCACUUUAAUUGUUAUUUAAAAGUUCGCUCAAUAGGUUUUACAUAAGUUUUUCAUUUAAACAUUCAAUGAUUCUAUGAGGCAGAAAUUUCCACUGCACAGGUGGAAAACUAAAACUUACAGAUGUUAAACACCACAUUUAAGCUUCUCAAGUAAAGUGAUAUGCCUGAUUUGGGUUUACAGAGUAUCACAAUUUCACUAAUUUUGACUUUUUCCCCCUCCAUUAUUCCAGACACCCAACCAAUCAUUAUCUUCCAUUGAGUUAUUCUUCAAAAUGGUUUUUGUAGUCCACCCUCCUCUCAUUCUUUUAUUCUUAUUUUCUACCUAUAGAAAUAUUCUACUUGCAGUUUCACCAUUUUCACAUUUCCACCAGCAAGAUAGGAGGAUUCCUGCACAUAACUCUUAUAACUUUUUUGAUUAUAACCUUCCUAGUAUGUGUCUGAUGUAAUAUCUCAUUGUCAUUUUGAAUUGCAUUUCACUAA